CAUACAAGCAAAGCGUAAGAGGCAGCGACUUUCUGCACAUCCUGAUCGUUGCCAUACACAAGGACCGCAAAGCAAGGGUCUGCUGGACAAGCUGAGUUUCUGAUUGGCCUCAGCCCUGCUUCUGCAGACUGGUGAUUGGUCUAAACCCCCUGCCUCAGCAGCUUCAGCAGACCCCAGCUCUGUGAACGGCCGGCCUCUCUCUCUAACUCCUCUCUGAUUGGCUCCUCGCGGCCCAUAUCCACUUGCCAUUGGUUGCCGGGCAGAAGAGAGGGGGAGAUGGAGCCUGUCUAUGCUUCGGGGAUGGCCGCCAAGCUGCGGAGCCAGUGGGACCGCAGCGAGGGUCUGGGUCAGAACCACAACGCCAUCAAGUUCCUGGGCCAGGACUUUGAGUCUCUGAGAGCCCGCUGCUUGCAGAGCCGGUGCCUGUUUGAGGACAGCACCUUCCCUGCGCAGGCUUCGUCGCUGGGCUACCGGGAGCUGGGGCCACACUCCUCCAAAACCACGGGAGUCCGCUGGAUGCGCCCCACGGAGAUUUGCUCCAACCCACAGUUCAUCAUGGACGGAGCCACUCGCACUGACAUCUGCCAGGGAGCUCUGGGUGACUGCUGGCUGCUGGCGGCCAUCGCGUCUCUGACCUUGAAUGACACUCUGCUGCAUCGCGUGGUUCCUCACGGACAGAGCUUCUGCAGCCAAUACGCUGGCAUCUUCCACUUCCAGUUCUGGCAGUUCGGAGAGUGGGUGGAGGUGGUGAUCGACGACAGGCUUCCAGUGAAGGACGGGAAGCUGCUGUUUGUGCACUCAGCGGAGGGUGGGGAGUUCUGGAGCGCCCUGCUGGAGAAAGCUUACGCAAAGCUGAAUGGCUGCUAUGAAGCUCUGUCAGGGGGCAGCACAUCGGAGGGCUUUGAGGAUUUCACAGGCGGGGUCACGGAGAUGUACGAGCUGAGGAAGGCACCCGCUGACCUCUACAGCAUCAUGGGCCGAGCCGUGGAGAGGGGAUCUCUGCUGGGCUGCUCCAUAGACAUCAGUGACAGCCGCGACAUGGAAGCCGUAACAUUUAAGAAACUGGUAAAGGGACACGCCUACUCAGUGACAGGGGUGCAUGAGGUGGUGUACAGGGGUUUGCCCACCAAGCUGGUUCGAAUGCGGAACCCGUGGGGAGAGAUGGAGUGGACAGGCGCCUGGAGUGACAAUUCAAGGGAGUGGGACAGUGUGGACCGGUCUGUUAGAGCCCAGCUGUAUAACCGCAGUGAGGACGGAGAGUUCUGGAUGUCCUUCAGUGACUUCCUGCGGGAGUUCAGCCGGCUGGAGAUCUGUAACCUGACCCCGGACGCGCUGCAGGCCAGCCAGGUGAAGAAGUGGAGCACGGUGCUGUACCAGGGCGAGUGGAGGCGGGGCAGCACCGCCGGCGGCUGCAGGAACUACCCCGCAACAUUCUGGAUCAACCCGCAGUUUAAACUGGCCCUGCAGCACCCAGACGCGGCCGGCCAUUCGGACUGCAGCUUCCUGGUGGCCCUGAUGCAGAAGGAUCGCCGUCGGAAACGCAAGGAGGGCCAGGACAUGGAGACCAUUGGAUUCGCCAUUUAUGAGGUUCCCUCUGAGUACAUGGGUAAGUCGGGCGUCCACCUGAAGCGGGACUUCUUCCUGACCCACGGUUCGAGCGCGCGCUCCGAGCUCUUCAUCAACCUGCGGGAGGUGAGCUCGCGGUUCCACCUGCCCCCAGGGGAGUACAUCAUCGUCCCGUCCACCUUCGAGCCCCAGAAGGAGGCCGACUUCGUGCUGAGGGUUUUCUCCGAGAAGCCGGCCAACUCCGAGGAGCUGGAUGAUGAUGUCAAGGCCGACCUGCCAGAUGAGCCCGUGUUGAAUGAGAGCCAGAUUGAUGCUAGUUUCAAGAGUCUGUUCAGACAGCUGGCUGGGGCGGACAUGGAGAUCAGUGCAACUGAACUGCAGACUAUUCUCAACAGGAUCAUCAGCAAGCAUAAAGACCUGAAGACAGACGGCUUUGGAAAGGAGGCUUGUCGCAGUAUGAUCAACCUCAUGGACACUGACGGCAGUGGGAAGUUGGGGCUGACUGAGUUCCAUGUGCUCUGGGAGAAAAUUAAACGAUACCUGGUGGUGUUCAGGCAGUUUGAUCUGGAUAAGUCCGGCACCAUGAACUCCUAUGAGAUGCGGAUGGCCCUGGAAUCAGCAGGGUUCAAGCUCACCAACCACCUGUUCCAGCUGAUCAUCCUCCGCUACACGGAACCUGACCUGUGCGUGGACUUUGACAACUUCGUCACCUGUCUGAUCCGCCUGGAGACCAUGUUCAAGACCUUUAACACAAUCGACACAGACAAAGAUGGAGUAAUAUCCCUCAACUUCAUCCAGUGGAUCUCUAUGACCAUGUUUGCCUAACCAGGCCAUGGGACGUAUCAUCACUAGCACGGCAACCUGCCUCCGUGCCUGGAUCUCUUUCCACAAGUGCCUUCAUCUUAACUUUUCUUCCUUGGGUGGAUGGGCCCUGAGUGUUUUUUUUAUACCUGUGCUGAGUUUACAUGACCUGUCCUGGGACAGGUGUGCCAGAAUGUUCUUACCGUCAUGUAAAAGGGACACAUUUGCCUGCUGCUUCUCUCUGAAGCCAAGGGGAAGAGCAGGAGCUGGAGUUUUGGUAUUGCCUUGCAGUUUGAUCAGCAUAAGUUUUUGUUUAUCCCUUGUGCCAAACUGAUUACCGUUACCCAUUA